AUGAAAGGAUCUAGUGAGCAUGGCGAGACCUCGAAGGCGCCCCUGAGCAGGGGGGUCAGCAAAGGAGUGUCAGUACUGGAUCUCAUACUUCGCUCCAUUGCCAUCAUUGGAACCCUUGCUAGUGCCAUUGCCAUGGGCACUACCAACGAGACGCUGCCUUUCUUCACACAGUUCAUCCAGUUCAAAGCGCAGUACAGUGAUCUCCCGAGUCUCACGUUCUUUGUCGUGGCAAAUUCUAUUGUCUGCGCCUAUCUCAUCCUUUCACUCCCGCUAUCUAUUGUGCACAUCAUUAGGAGCAGGGCUAAAUACAGCAGGUUGCUCUUGAUCUUUCUUGACGCGGCAAUGCUGGCACUGGUGACUGCGGGAGCAUCUGCAGCAGCAGCUAUUGUGUACUUAGCACACAAGGGUAAUGUCAGGGCAAACUGGCUUGCUAUUUGCCAGCAGUUCGACUCAUUCUGCGAGCGUAUCUCUGGCUCCCUCAUUGGUUCGUUUGGAGCCAUGGUUAUCCUGAUACUGCUAAUAUUACUCUCUGCCAUUGCCCUGGCGAGGCGCUAGACCAAAUCGUGCAUCGUUUGCUUCCAGCAGUGUGAAUUGUGAUAUGAUGGUG